AUGGCUGCUCCUGCCACCAACGGCUCUUUGGGGCUGCCAGUAGACGCCCAAAUCACGCCCGCAACCUCGAUCGAAUACUGGACGUCGAUAUCAUCCACAGUCGAUGGCAUGCUUGGUGGGUUUCCCCAGGUUUCACGAAUCGACAUUGCUGGUUCACGCACAUUCAUCGUCAAGCUCCUCCGCCAUUCACAGCCUUGUCCAGAUCUACCUCCACCACACAAGGUCCGCCUCGUCACCGACACCGGAGCUGGCAUAGGACGCAUCACCGUCGGUCUCCUUUCCCAGAUAGCGCAGCAUGUCGAUGUCGUGGAACCGAUACCAAAGUUCACUGAGCAGCUGAAAAUCGACCAUCCAGAACUGUUCGCCGGGGCGAAUCCGAUCAUACAAAAUGUGGUCAACACCGGACUUGAGUCAUGGGACCCUUCUCAGACCGAGCCACCUCGGCUCUACGACAUCAUCUGGAAUCAAUGGUGUCUAGGCCACCUCACAGAUAAGGCCUUGAUCGCAUAUCUGCGUCGGCUAAUUCCAGCACUAUCACCGCACGGCUGGAUCGUUGUCAAGGAGAAUGUAGUGAACAGCAAAGCUGAGAACCCCAAGUCAUCGGCAAAACGCAAACGAGUCCAACCAGCAACAAAAGUAGAUGAGAUGUCAGACUCCAAUGAGGUCCGGCAAUCAGUAGACCUGGGAGACGAUGAAGACGAAGAGCCAGACCUCUAUGAUGAGCUUGACAGCAGCGUGACCCGAACAGAGCGCAAAUUCGACCGCAUCUUUCGCGCAGCAGGCCUCAAGGUGGUCAAGACGGAGAUUCAGCGAGGCUUUGGCAAGGACCUAGGACUCUACCCUGUGCGGAUGUGGGGACUACAGCCUGCUACGGUACCAUCAGGGCCGCAGGAAGGGCCUGUAAAUGGGACUGUUUCGUAG